AUGCCGUUUUCCCGGCGACGCGAGCUCCCCGUCCAAGUUCUGGGACAUGCUAAAGAAUGGCAAAGAUGCCUACUCACCAACAUCAACCCGAUGGAACUCGGACGUUUUCUACCACCCAAGCGGCGACCAAUCGAACACACUACCCGUGAAAGGGGGCACCUUCUGAAACAAAAUUCUCACAUGUUUGUUGCCGCCAUUCUCAACAUCACCGAAGCCUUUGAAAACGCUGGCAUGUCUCUUCAACGGAUUUCUGGCUCCCAGGCAGCCUGUUACAUCGGAGCUAGUAUGGCCAUCACGGGUGGUGUCAGUCUGAUGCUUACUCGGGACCUCACUACAAAUCUGAAUAAUUUGCAAUUCCUCAACCCCAACGGCCGGCCGACGGCCUUUGAUGAGAGUGCAAGUGGAGAUGGCCAUGGCGAAGGUUGCGGAAUCAUCCUCUUGAAACGGUUGGCAGAUGGAAUCUAA